AAUUCAAUAUGGCCGACUGCUACGAAAGGGGUUGUUCGCGGUUGAUGUUCGCAAAAUCCCAGUUUAUUUAUUAAUUUUUGUUUCCGAAACGUUGUCUUACUAUAUGAUGUAUUCUGAAGAUGCCAGUUAAUUCCGUAUCUGAAACGAAAAGAGGAAUAGAGAAAUCCAGAUUUUCAUUGUCGCUCAAUAGAAAUAAUGCUAUAUGUGUGAGUAACGUCAAUAAAAACCUUAGUGAAUCAAAAAAGAACAGUGAACCUAUAAAAUCUUCCAUCAGCAAUAAUAAAGAAAACAAACCAGUGAAACGUCCCCUGAAAAGUACAUACUUUAAUACCCUGAGUGUUGCCAAAAGGUUAAAACCACUUGCUGAAACAUCAAAACCUACAGAAAAAUCUCCUCAAGCUGAGCUGAUAAUUGUUGAAUCUAAACCUGCCCGCUUUGCCAUGUUGAAUGGCCACCACCAGUCAGAUAAUCAGUAUGGAGCUCCACAGAAAAAGACUCCAAUUGGCACACUGUCCAACCUGGGAAACACUUGCUUCCUCAACAGUGUUCUAUAUACUUUACGAUAUGCACCCCGUUUUCUCCACAAUCUCCACCAUCUUGUAUCAGAUCUUGCCAGUGUUGAACAAAAGCUGGGCAGUAUCCGAAUGAAGAGUUCUUCGUUAGGUCGUAGUGCAGCUGGCUUAGCCUCAUCUGGAGCCAGAUCAUGGAGUAGCAAAGACCUGUUAUCUCUCGGACAAUCAGAUAACAGCUCUGGGAAAAGUAAAAUUCAGGUGGCAACAGAAAAAUUGCAUGAAACCUAUUUCAACUUGCGUGCAGCCGAAAGCAAAUGUAUGAACAGUAAUAAUGCCGACGCUAGUCCAGAGCCCUACGCCGCCGAUGCCUUCCUUGCUGCGCUUAGAGAUGUUAAUUCUACAUUUGAAGGAAAUAGGCAACAAGACGCACACGAGCUUUUAGUAUGUUUAUUGGACAAUAUCAGGGAAACGUGCCGAGCGCUCAGCGCGCGUGCUUCUCGAUUACAAUUGCAAGAAAAUGGUGAAAGCAACGGAAUAAGCCGACAGCCUAGUCUAGACGGCGACUCAAAACCGACUCUGGGUAAUCUGCGCAAGUCAUGGAAGAAACGCAAAGAAGUGCUGGCGAACGAAAAGAAAAAUAAUUCACCCACUGAAGAGAAGAAUCCACCUCCCGCAGACCCCGAGAGGGAUGAGAAAGCUAAACCUGGAUGGGACUUUGUUGCAGAAGACUUUGAAGGCACGAUGGUGGUCCGCACGACGUGCCUUGAGUGCGAGAGCGUGCGCGAGAAGGCGCAGGCGGUGUGCGAGCUGUGCGUGCCCGUCGGCGGCGACGAGCCCAGCGACGAGCCCUUCCGCGCCGCCUGCCUCUCCAGCGAGUACCUGCGCGACCAGAACAAGUAUUGGUGCGAACGCUGCCUACGCUACAACGAGGCCCGGCGCACGGUCUCGUACUCGCGGCUGCCGCGGCUGCUCGUGCUGCAGCUGAAGAGGUUCAGCGGGGGGAUGGAGAAGAUCACCAGGCACGCGCCCACGCCCCUGCACAUGCCCUGCUUCUGUGAACCCUGCACCAAGCGGCCGCCGGACCAGCCCUCCCCGCACAGAUAUCUGCUAUGGGGCGUGAUAAUGCACCUCGGGCAGACCCUCACGGGCGGUCACUACGUGGCGUACGCGCGCGACUGCUCGGGCGGCGCGCGGUGUUCCCGCGGUGGGGGCGACGCGACCGCCGCGGGCCCGAGCUUCAUGCGCGCGCUAUUCAGUCGCCGGCCGCCCGCCGCGUGCGCCGCACGCGAUUGCUGCCUGCCGCGACGCUCCGACUACACGUGGCUAGCGUGCGACGACGAACUCGUCAAACCUAUCACCGACGAGGAGUUCGAAGAUCUCCUCUCUGCUGAGCCGAAGGUCCGCACCGCCGCCACGCCCUACCUCCUGUUCUACGUCAAGAGCGAAGUUGGCUAGUGAAAGUUUAACAGUUCCGAACUCGCGACCGCGUACCCCGGUGGUGAAGUGAAGGUGCCAUGUCGUCCUGUCUCUGUGAACGCUUUAUCUCUCUUCGAAAACGCCUGUGGUGAUUUCGAAGUUCUGUCUUGUGCUCUCUCUCCUGUUCUUGAGUUGAGUUGAGAGUUUUGUUCGGUAUAAAAACUAACUGCAGCUCUCCUACUCUUGUCUAGAAAUGAUUGGAGUCUCCCAAUUUCUGAAAAGUGAAUAUUUCUAUAACUAUAUCUUUAUUUCUGCGCACACUAUUUUAUUAUAUACUGAUUAUUACGUGAAAUAAUUUUUGAGUGGGCUUAAGCAAUUCAAAGUAAUUAUUGCACAAAACCGUCAAACGAUCAGAACACCUUACAACCCAUUCAAAGGUUGUUUUAGAGAGGUUUCUUUUCUUCUGCUUUUAUAAAUCAAAUCUUAAAAUGCGAAAAUUUCUUACUUAUUACGAAUUGAAUGCCACAGAUAAAAAACUUACCUAUAAUGAUAAAAAUCCACAGUUAUAUAGACUUUUGUGCACUGCAAUUAUUACUAUCGAAAUACACAUUGUAGUGUCCAAAACUAUCUUUCAUUGAAAUUAGUGUUUCUGUGUGAUGUAGAAACAAUAGCAUUUCAGUUAGCACAUCCUAGAGAGAAAACCAUUCAUUGACAUUUUAUAAUAGUAGAGAAUAAAUAUAUGUCAAUAUUAAAAAAUAAUGAAUUCUUAUUCAUCAUGGCUUGUAAUAGUUGUACUUAAUAAUGUUCUCUUUUCCGAAAUUAUUACCACUUUAUUUUUAAUGUUAUCGGAAGAUGUUUGGAUUUGCAUACAAAAACAUUUAUCAAUCUGUUGGCAACUUAAUUGAUACUUGAUUCCAUUAGCUGUAUACUAUUUUAGCUAACAAAUUUUUAUGACAUCAAAAAUGAUAAUUGAGACAAAUAUAACCUAUUCUUUUUUUUUUUUGUUUCAACAAAAUGUUGUCAUACACUUGCGUAAUGAUAAAAUGAAAUAAAUGUGAAAUUGCCUAGUCCCAGUAGCGCUAAAAUAUUUACUAAUUGUGGAGUAAUUUUUAUUUUAACUUGACGAAAAUUAAAAGCAAUGAGUAUUAUGAUUAAUAAUUUAUAAUAAAUACAGCGAAUUUAUGAUCUUUACUUGAGAAAACAACAUC